AUGGACAACUCAUCAGAUUCCGAUCAUGCCGUCAUUUCUUACUCUAAUGUAGCCGCAAUUGGUGUUGGAGUAGCGCUGGUUGUGGCACGUGCAAUCUGUUCAAAUUACAAGGUGAUUAGAGAUAAUAUGUCAUCAUUAAUGAUUGACGAAUCAAUAGGAACUACUGAUAAUAUUGAUUGGAAUUGUUUGACUAUUCCAGCUGAAACACAAGGCUGUUCACAAGCCAGAGUCUUCUCAAAAUUAGCCGGCCGUCCUUUGGUUACAACUGGCAAAUCCGAACGUGAUGGUCGUAAAUUUCAGACAAUUUAUGAAGGAUUCAAAAUUGGAAAAGAAAUCGCAAAAAAAAUAGGUGAUGGAAAAUGUUUAGGUUAUCGUCAAAAUAGAGAAUCACCUUAUGAGUGGUUGUCAUAUGAUCAAGUUGAACAAGGAACAAUUGAAAUUGGCAGCGGUUUAAUUCAUAUUGGCGAAAAUUUUGGUCAAAAAACUUUUAAAAAUGCCAUGUUAGGACAAGUGACUUAUACACCACCCAGUGUUGCAAGUUUCAAUGCAUUAGAGAAUUUAUCAUCUCUUAACCAAACAUCACCUUCGGUGAACUCCAUCAUCACCUCCAGUACGUCAACAUCUGGAGCUACAUUCAAUAAACUAACCGGCCACUUGAACGACCCUUCUCAAAAGCAACAAAUUCGACAAAUUCUGAAUAAUCAUGCACAAAUCUUCGAUAUCUCCAAAAUAACACAAGCCCGCACUAAUAUUCGACAUCCGAUUAAUACCGGUGACAGUCUUCCAAUUAGUUCAUGUCCGUACCCAAAAACAAUUCAGCAGCGCCGAGAAAUGCAAGAAGAAAUUCAAAAAAUGAUGCAAAAUGGCUAG